GAAAGUUGCGAACAAGGCUGCUGGGGCGAAGGUCCGGAGAACUGUCAGAAGUUCUCGAAGACGAACUGUUCGCCUCAGUGCUGACAGGGCAGAUGCUUCGGUCCUAAUCCGCGCAAAUGUUGCCAUCUUUUUUGCGCGGGUGGCUGUACCGGCCCCAAACAGAGCGACUGUCUUGCCUGUAAAAAUUUCCUCGAUGACGGCGUGUGCACGCAAGAAUGUCCGCCUAUGCAAAAAUAUAAUCCAACAACUUAUUCAUGGGAAGCCAAUCCUGACGGAAAGUACGCAUAUGGGGCGACAUGUGUAAGAAAAUGUCCGGAUCAUCUCUUAAAGGACAACGGUGCAUGCGUGAGAUCUUGUCCACCGAAAAAGAAAACAGUAAAUCUGGAGUGUGUUCCUUGCGAUGGCCCUUGUCCAAAAACCUGCAAGGGCGUAGAAAAGGUGCACUCUGGUAACAUCGACACCUUCAAGGAUUGUACUAUUAUUGAAGGAUCUAUCACGAUUCUGGAUCAGAGUUUCGAGGGUUUUCAACACGUUUAUCCAAAUUAUACGUUUGGCAAACGAUACGAAAAGAUGCAUCCCGAUAAAUUAGAAGUCUUCAAAACGCUGAAAGAGAUUACGGGUUAUCUUAAUAUUCAAGGAGAUCACAAGGAUUUCAAGAACCUUUCGUACUUUUGUAAUCUAGAGGUGAUCAGAGGCAGAACGCUCACGGAAUAUUUUGCGUCGUUGUACAUUGUCAAAACUUCUCUAGUAUCUUUUGGUCUGAGUUCUUUAAAAAAGAUUUAUUCCGGCUCGGUCGUUAUUUUGGAGAAUAAAAAUCUAUGUUACGCACAAAGCAUCAAUUGGACCAGAAUCAAGAAAUCAUCUGAACAUGAAAGCCUUUUGUCUAAUAAUCGAAAUGAAAGCGAAUGCAUUAAAGAUGGUCUCGUAUGUGAUGAGGAAUGUUCAAACGAAGGAUGUUGGGGACCGGGACGACAACAAUGCUUAUCGUGUAAAAACUUUAUUCGAGGAAAUGACUGUCUUCGAGAUUGCAAUGAUACUGUAAUGUAUCAAGCAGACGAAAAAACCUGUAAGAUGUGUCACGAAGAAUGCAAAAAUUCCUGCACCGGUCCUAAUGCCGACCAAUGCAAAGAGUGCAAACAUGUGCGAGACGGACCAUUCUGUGUGCCCGAGUGUCCAUCCUCGAAGUACAACGACAACGGCCAAUGUAAACAUUGCCACCAGAAUUGCGUAGGCGGUUGCGAGGGACCAGAGAACAACAUAGGCGCCAACGGAUGUCAUAGUUGCGAAAAGGCAAUUAUGAACGGCCAUGUACCAGAGGGAUGUUUGCAAAAGAAAGAGUCGUGUCCCGAUGGACAUUAUUACGAGUGGGUGAGUCCGUUGGAACAAGGUCCUUUAAAACCUCUCGCCGGAAAAGCUGUCUGUCGCAAGUGCCACCCACGUUGCAAGAAGUGCACAGGAUACGGCUUCCACGAGCAAGUGUGUCAACAAUGCACCAAGUAUAAAAGAGGGGAGCAAUGUGAAGAAGAAUGUCCUGCCGAUCAUUUCGCGGAUUCUGACACGCAGCUAUGUAUACCGUGCUUCGCAGAGUGUCGAGGAUGUUUUGGACCAGGCCCUAAUCAGUGCUAUAAAUGCCGGAAUUAUAAAAUUUAUAUUGAUAGGAUAGGCGAUCCCGACGACAACUCAACAUCCUUUAACUGCACGGAGACCUGUCCACUAGAGUAUCCUCACAAGAUCUUUCCUCCUGACAGUGAGCCAUACUGUUCUAUAGAAACAUUAGGCCUCGGUUACCAGAUGGAAAACGAAUUUCAUCCAGCUGUUUUGGCUGGUAUUGGUGUUUUAUUAGUGGUGUUUGUUACUGUCGUCGUUGUGUUACUGUACUUCUGGCGAGUAAAAACGAAAGCUAAGGAGAACACAGUGAAAAUGACGAUGGCUUUGACCGGAUUAGACGACAACGAACCACUUCGACCGACAGGUGUAAAACCAAAUCUUGCCAAACUGCGAAUCAUCAAGGAAGAAGAGAUGAGGAAAGGCGGUAUAUUGGGUUAUGGUGCUUUCGGCAACGUGUACAAAGGCGUCUGGGUACCCGAAGGAGAGAACGUAAAGAUCCCAGUUGCUAUAAAGGUUCUUCAUGAUGGCACAGGUGCAAAUACGUCCAAAGAAUUUCUCGACGAGGCUUAUAUUAUGGCUAGUGUUGAGCAUCCAAAUCUGUUACAAUUACUUGCGGUAUGCAUGACGUCACAGAUGAUGUUGGUGACUCAAUUGAUGCCCCUGGGCUGUCUGCUAGAUUUUGUACGCAGGUAUAAAGACAAAAUUGGUUCGAAGCCACUGUUAAAUUGGUGUACGCAGAUCGCGAGGGGUAUGGCCUAUUUGGAAGAGAGAAGAUUAGUUCACCGAGAUUUAGCAGCGCGAAAUGUCCUCGUCCAAACUCCAAAUUGCGUGAAGAUCACCGAUUUUGGUCUUGCUAAAUUAUUGGACAUUAACGAGGAGCAGUAUAAAGCUGCAGGCGGAAAGAUGCCGAUUAAGUGGUUGGCAUUAGAAUGCAUUCAGCAUCGAGUGUUUAAUCACAAAUCGGACGUGUGGGCGUUUGGGGUGACCAUUUGGGAAGUUCUCACUUAUGGUGGUAGACCGUACGAAAAUGUCUCUGCUCGAAACGUGCCAGAAUUAUUGGAAAAGGGCGAAAGAUUACCGCAGCCCGCGAUUUGUACGAUUGAUGUAUACAUGAUUAUGAUUAAGUGCUGGAUGCUUGACGCUGAAUCCAGACCUAGCUUUAAAGAACUGGCCGAAGAUUUCGCGAAAAUGUCUAGAGAUCCUGGUCGAUAUCUUGCCAUUAAAGGAGAUAAAUACAUGAGACUGCCUUCGUAUACACUACAGGACGAAAAAGAGAUGAUACGAAAUCUCGCAUCAGCAAUGGAUGGUCCUGAAGCUUUGGUGGAUGCUGACGAGUAUCUACAACCUAAAUCACGAGCUCCACUUCCGCCUGCAAUUUCCGCAUCAAGUACUUCUGGCUCACCGCCAAAUACGCCAGUGAAAUCGUGCUGGCCGAACGGCAAGCCACUCGCCGCUGAUUCUCCGACGCCACAAAAUCAGCAAAAUUGGGAUAGAGAGCUCUUGAGGUAUGGCGGAAAUCAUGGGAGCGGAAACGCGUCGCACGAGGCGAGCAAUUCCGGUCAACACACGCAUUACGCGCAUCCCAAUGGUCACUGCGGACAUGUCGCAGGAAUGGAUAACUCGAAUUCGAGAUAUUGCUCAGAUCCAUUGAAGAUGGUCGGUGUUAGAGAUUGCGAUGUGACAGAUGACUGCUUCGAUACAAAAGUGAAUCAAGUAAUGCACAUUGUUGCGCAUCAGCAGGCUCAAGUCGGAAACUUGAAAUUGGAUUUGCCAUUGGAUGAGGAUGACUACCUUAUGCCAUCGCCACAACUGCCAGUCAAUACAACGCAAUAUAUGGAUCUCAUUGGGGAAUCCAAACCAACAGAACUAGAAUCAAAGCGAUUGAACAAUGGAUUCCGAAAGUAUCCAGACUUCCUAACGAUUCAAGGAAAGACAUCGCUAGACAAUCCGGAAUACAUAAUGUCGCAGGAUGAGGGUCCGCUAACGCCGCAAACCUUGGGUAUUCCUACGCCGGACUUGGAAAAAGUUUUACCAAAUGGCGCCUUCGGAUCUCAAAUUAGGCAACGAAGUUCCGAAGAAGAAUCAGAUCACGAAUAUUACAAUGACUUUGAUCGGUUGGAACGGGAAUUGCAGCCAUUAAAGCCUUUUAGGAAGAAUGAAACGACGGUGUGAUUCUAGUGGUGCUAUCGCGAAAAGAACCGUUUAAGAUUCUAUAUGGGACCAGGGAUGAUUAUACUGAUAAGAAAUUUUUAUUGGGAUAAAAGAUGAAUCUUGGAGGGAAAUAGAGAAGCAUUGCUUUUCUACAUCGCAGCAUUAUCUGACCACAUAGUUACUCAAUUUCUGAGUACAGGACCCAUUGUACUUAUAAAAGACACUUCACUCAAGUGCCGUGCUCGAUUGUGAUUAGAUGUAAGACGCGUUAGAAACUCGUGCGUAUUAUGGAAUAUAAGUAAAAUAAAAGAGACUAUAAUGACAUACCGGAAAUGGGAAUCGCGCGACAGCGAUACUCGCGAACAAGUAGUGCAAAGAUAUUCUUAAUGUGCCAUUUGUCGUGGCUUGUAAAUAAAUUACUUCUCGUAAUAGUUUCUCGAGGAUAUAAGAAAUAUUCUAGGACUUAAUUCGCAACGACAGCGUCAAUAUCGUCUUUGCUUAAUAGUUUUUCUUUAGGACUAUAUUAAGGCAUUUGAGCCCUGCCAUCGCAAAACAAAGUCCUCAAAUAAGUUUGAAAAAUGGUACAAAAUGGUAGAAAACGACAUAUAAAUGAUUUUACUUAUUUGACUAAAUCUUUUUACAUUUGUCUUUGUAACAUUAACUCUAUUAUUAUAUACGUGUUAUAAUAAAUAAUACGGCCCAAUUUUUUCAAAGUAAUGAAAUUAUAAAUGUUGAUCUUUAUAAAUUUUAUAAACUUAAAUCGAUCUCGAUCUUUCCCUUAUUAGCUAUUUUUACAAAGAUAUCUAUACACUCUAAAAGUUAAUAUUCACAAUGACAAUAUCAAUUUUUCAACAAACUUGAUUAAAAAUGUGGUGUAAUAUUUUUUUUACACAAAUUUAAAUUUUAUAAUUGUAAAGUUAUAAAAAAAUUACAACGCAAAUUAUCAGAAAAUCAGUGACCAUUCGAACUCCAAAAAGAUUCAUAGUCGUUGUUAAAACUUUAAUAGUAAAAUUUAAACAUUUUUGAACGGAAUACUUGAAGAAAUAUAUCAGGAAAUCGCUCAUUACAUUAUAUAAAAGCUGUUUUAAAAGUAUUUAUUUCUUUUUUAAACACACAGGUUUGUUAAUAGCAUUUUACAUCAUUAAAUAAUAAAUCUCUUAUGUCUUUUUCUAAUAAACAUAAAUUCAAAUAUGUUGUUAAUUAAAAGUAUUUUUUUAUAUUGACAAAGGAUUUAAUUUCAAAUUUAGAAUAUAAUAAUGUAUGAAUGUAUGUAUACUCGAAAUGGCAAUAAUAUUUUUCAAUUUUAUUAAUGUUCAAUAUAAAUUCUUGUUAGAAGUUAAUGUUUUUAAAGAUGUUUUAGUAUUUAUAAAAUGUUCCGCUUAGAAUGACGAAAGUUAAGCGGUCCCGCUACAAAGGCCAGCUUGCAGCAGCGUCCUAUAAUAUAAAUCUGAUUAAUAGUAAUCUUUGUUUUAAUCUGCUUUAUAGAUCAUAAUGUGAGAGAGGGCAAAGAAAAAUCAAUUAUCUAUCGUUCAAAGCUCAAACUGUUAGACGUUAGGGCAACCAGGCCAAAAUAUUUGUGCGGUACACCGCUGACUGUGAUAUGAGUUACUUUACUUUCUUCUGACACUCAAAUACCGCAAUAAUUUGCAUUUUCCCUUUCCUCGCAGUAAGCUAUGACAGCAAAGCUACAUUGUCUUAUUUUACUGCUGAAGAUAAAUUCGCCUCGCGUUGAGAUACGAAUCGAUGCAGAGGAAUGCGAUUUUACUUAAAAAUGGAAAAACAAAGAGACUCGAAAACGUUUUUCCUUCUUCUUAUGCCAUCAUCUUUGUAGCGGAAUCAAUUGGCUGAUGGAAAUUAUUAGUUAUUUCAUUUUUUAUACGUGACGUACGAUUUGUACAUAAUUUAGCGAGUAGAAUAGUAAACAAAAAAACUCUGCAGGUGUAAGAAACGGAAAAUAGUCGGACGGAUCAGUGAUUGUAUGUUGCCAAAAUAUGGCAAUCCGUGUAACUACACUAAGUAACAGUACGAUAGGACGUGCCAUGUUGUACAGAAAAAAAGAAGAAAAUAUGCGAAAGAGCAAAUUUUAUGAUGAAAAAUGGAUCUUUAUUGUAUUUAAUAAAUUAACGGGAACUCUGUUCUACGAGCCUUGCAUUUGCUAUAAAUGAGCAGGAGCGUGCGCGAGAUUGGCGAUCUUUUUUGGAAGUAAUAUUAGUAAAUUGUAAUCAAUAAAUUAUCGUCAUUUUGUGAUUUGGAGGAAAAAUGAUGAUAAUAUUACAUUAUUAUUAAAUUAUUUGUCACAUAACAUUAAUAGCUUCAAUUCUCUAAUUUUGAUACUUUCCUUAUAGUAUCAUAAAGUAAUCAAAUCAAGUUAUUUCGAAAAUAUAAAGAAAUAAAAAUGUACAUUUAGAUAUAAAA